AUGAAGUCAGACCUUUGGUAUUUCUUUCUCUUCUGCUUCCAAGUUGAAGUUCUAACAGAAGAAAUCGAUGAUUUUGCCAAGUCUAAAAUAUUUACAUUUCACAAUGGAGGUGUACAAAUGUUAUGCAAAUGCUCUGAGAAUGUCCAGCAAUUUAGAAUGGAGUUGCUGAAAGGAACACAAAUAAUCUGUGAUUUCAGUAAGACAAAGGGAAGUGGAAACACCGUAUCCAAUCAGAGUCUGAAAUUCUGUCAAUCAUCCAAUAACAGUGUCUCUUAUUUUCUGAAUAACUUGGACAGUUCUCAUGACAGCUAUUACUCCUGCAGACUAUCAAUUUUUGAUCCUCCUCCUUUUCAAGUGAAGUUCAAGAGCGAAUAUUUGCAUAUUUACGAAUCACAGCUUUGUUGCCAGCUGAAGUUCUGGUCACCCAUAGGAUGUGCAGCUUUUGGUGUCAUCUGCAUUUUUGGAUGCACAUUUUUAUGUUGGUUUAAAAAUAAGAAGCAUCGAGCCAGUGUGCACGAUGCGAACAGUGAGUACAUGUUCAUGGCAGCGGUGAACACGGCGAAGAAGCCUAGGCUCACAGAUGUUGCUCAUAACUUGGGACUCUCUAGCACCCAGGCAUGA